AUGCACACUACCGCCAAGAGCCCCACGCCCUCUCGACCGGCCCGACUCAUGGACAACCUGGAGUUUCGCAGCCGGCUGUCAUCGUGGAGCAACAAGCAGCACCAAGACCAUUCCAAGGCCGGCACCAUCCUUUGGUACGUCUCUCCUCUGUCUGUCGUCUCGGAGGCAAUUACCUGGCAACCGUUGCAGGAGAACUACGAGGUGGGCUGCCGGGAGUCGAUCGCCAAGGAGGACGUCUACCACCACUACGUGGCGCACUGCCAGGCGGAGGGGACCGAGCCCCUGCGCGCGUCGAUGUUCGGAAAGCUGGUCCACCGCGCCUUCCCGGGCCUCAAGAGCUCCCGCAUCGGCACCCGAGGCGCAACGCGCCACUCCUACAAGUCCUUCCGUCCGCGAGACGCCUACGCCAUGCCAUCUCAGGCCGCUGCCAAGGGAGGCAAUAUCGCCUCGCGCUCGGCCGGGACGAGGAAACCCGAACGACCAGUAGUGCCGCUGGUGCAGGUCAAGCAGCAGCUGCCGGACGAGGGCAUGGACAGCUCCGUCGACUCCAGCAGUUAUCCAUCCUCGCCGAUGUCGUCCUACUCCCCUCGGCCGCAGGGCCAGGACGAGCCCCGUGGCCAGGUCUACCGGCAGUACGCCUACAACUACUACAACGACUCCUCGCCUACUUCCUUUUCCUCGCCGACUCUACCUUUCGAGACCUUCUCCUACACUUCCAACGCCUUCUCGGCUUAUCUGCUCCCGCGAGCCUCCGAGUGGACCACCUCGAAGCCCCAGGAGCUCCAGUCAGCCGACUGCGCGUGCGAGGAGUGCAACCAGCUGGCGGCAAGCUGGAGUGGAGCUGUACGUGGUUCAGGACCAGCCUAUCUCCCCGGAUCUGGCCCCAGCGCCGGCAGUUUCUACGGCCCCGCCAGCGAGAACAGCUACUGGGCCACCCAGGACAGCAACAUGAUGAGGCGCCAGCUCCCGAUGCAGUUUGCGGACUACCUCUGCCGCGACCUAGAGGCAGAGCGCUUUACUCGCUAG